CUGAAGAGAGCGAGCGUGAUGGCACCCACCUGCCACUGCCGUCGCUGGGCUGGAACGGAAGGUGAGAGUGGUGGCAAGAAGUUCCGGCAGGCGCUCAAGAGCCAUGCCUUCCAGGCCCUGGUGCCCCUGCUCUUCCACCUGGCCGACUCCUGCCCUGAGGUGGUCACGAAGACAAAGUUAACCUUCCUGCGCUGCGCCAUCCUGCUGAAGUGGGAGUUCCGGAAGGAGCUCUUCAGCAAGUUGGCCUGGGGUCAUGGCCCAGGCGCUGAGAACGACAUCUUUAUCUACAUGGUAGAGAGCAACUUCAGCAGCUACCACCAGUUUCUGAUGCAGGCGCUGGUGUACCUGGACAGCCCCAACAGGUGCCUGAAGCUCACGGCCAUGAAGUUCAUCGGUAGGUGUGGCCAUUGCCGAUCCACGUGAAGCCAC